AUGUUUCAACCAUCAGUCCCUAGUCUCGAGAUACUACCUAAAGCUGACUACGAAUUGGUGGAUAACAUAGGACAAAUGCCUUAUUUAGUGUCGAUCAAGGUUACCCGAAUAAAACUACAAAAUGUAUCUGAAGAUGGAAGAGCGUUAUAUGUAUGGGACAAUUUAUGCGGGGGGAGCAUCAUACAACGUAGCAAAGUGCUUACGGCUGCGCAUUGCUUUGAGUUCAACAACUUUUUCGCGGUCAAACACACAAGUGCUCUAAGAGUCGUCGCAGGCAGCUUGCAGAGUGAGGCAGUGCACACGGGCGACACGGUAACCACAGCCAACAUGCAGUGGAGAGGGGUCCAGCGAUUACGGCUGCAUGAGCAUUUCAACUUCCCGCUAAACGAUAUAGCGUUAAUAAUAGUAGAUAUGCCUUUUCGUUUCAACGCAAAUGUGAGCUCCAUACGUUACACUAAGAGGGUAAUUGACUAUCCAGAAAUCUGCAAAUCCGGUGGAUAUGGAGAUCUGAGCUUUAAUCCUGAUUUGAGGCUGCGGUCAUCUGUUUUAAUGGUAGCUCUAAUCAAAACAAUGCCGCGAUGGCAAUGCUCUGGAAUCUGGGAGAUGGAUAUGAAUACAUACAUUUGCUCGGAGUCGGUUAUCUCUGAUGUGGCGCAGGGAGACUCGGGCGGGCCACUGGCCUGUACUGGGACGCUGGACCCGAGCGAGGUACAUGGGCAGGAUAUAUUGUUGGGAAUCGUGAGUGGUAAGAGCAUCGACAGGACGACACUCUUCACGCGCGUUUCUUCAUACACAGAUUGGAUUGAGAGUAGUUCAGGUUCUAAAUUAAUGAGUAACUUUAUGUUUCUUUUAUUAAUGCAGUGGAUUUUUCAAAUAUAUACAAUAUUACUUUGGUUUCGUGAUUUUUAUGAAUUGUUACAAAUAUUACACGCGUCUGAUAUUCCCUAG